AUGGCAGUUAUCAGUUGUGCGGCCGUCGCCGCGGCUCGCCUCUGCCGCGGCGGCUGCUGCGCGCACGCGGCGGCGCCGCUCUCUCGCGAGACGGCUGGCGACGCGGCUCGCCGCCGACGCACGUGCGCGGCGGCGUUUCCUUUUUCUUUUCUCGCGAUGACGGAGUUGCGCCGAAAGGCGAAAGAAGCCGCGAGAACAAGGGACCGGCAGGCGGCGGCGCCGCAGGACGAGGCAGAAGAGAACGACGCGACAGAGGAGGAAGCGGACGCGAACCACCGCCGCCGGCGGGCGGCGAAGGGGCGCGCCAAGGAGGAGCGCGAGGAGCGCGCGGAGCUGGCUCCCUUUGGGGAGGAUUACGGCUCGGGAGGGCUAAAUCGUGCAGAGAUCGACUUGUUCGAUGACGACGGCCUCUGA